UCACAGCGCAAAGCAACAAAAAAAUGGUAAGCUCUCAACUGCUUUGGAUGCAAAAAAGGCUCGAACUGAAGCCAGACCUCGUCAAACUGCUUUCCGAAAUGGAAAUUGACUGCUAUGAGACAUUCAUUGACUUGGAAAACGAUGCAGACGUUAAAAAAUUAUUCGACGAUGCUCGCGACUCUCCAGAUCAAUGGAAAUCUCUUUUCAACGCCACAAAAACAAAUUUCAGUCCCGGAACAUUGCGAAAAUUGUCAAAAAUUCCCAUCGUAGCACGAAAAAUGGGCGAAAAUUUCUUCACAAAUAUCAAAGAAGACGAUGAAAGUUCCGUGGAUCCGCUUGAAACGCGUCUAAAUGACGAUAAAAACGACACAAUACACCACAGAGAUGAAAUUUCAGUGAAAAACGAGCCUUUAAUUGAGUUUUCAGCCACGAGCAAUGAGCGUCAUGUCCUCAAAGAAAUCAAACUAGACGAACUUUUGACGCGUUUGAGGAGUUGUUGCCUUCGCGGAUACCAAUCCAUGUCCAAUAUGGUCAUAAAUCCGGAAAAUUUGGAAGUUUCGAUCGCCAUCGAGCCAGAUAACACAAUAAUUCCCACCCACAACUGCAUGAUUUGUCAAAAGGAGUUGCGGAUUAGCUACGACACGAAAAACGGGAGACUGAAGCAGUUUUAUGCGGGAAAUAUGAAGAAACAUAUGCAACGAAAACACGCAAAAACUAUAAAAUGUGAGGAAUUGAGCGAUUAA